AUAUAUGGUUGAUGAAAAUGCGGUGGAGUUCAGAAGACACUGGGUCAAAUUAGCUCAGUGGUAGAUUAAAACAGUUUCGUGAUUAGAAAAAUAAUAGGGUCGCUAAAAUUGGAAUGAAUGAGUUAAUGUACUUGCUUUAUCCUCGUGUGACCAGAAAACAAUAGUAUAGUCUUAAAACGACUGUCAUACUCCUCGUGCAUGCUUACGAGUUACCAUGUAAGAUACUUUGUGAGUGAUUAUUUUUCGGAUAUUUAUUUUUAUAUAUGGCUGAUAAUUUGGGCAAUCCAUUAGUGACCAUUAGUGGGUUAGAGGUAAAUAGGCCCCCUAACCACUGCCACGACACCGAACACCUGCCAUGCUUUAAACAGAUCAUUUGGCUUACACAGGCGUUAACUAGUGUGUUGUUAUUCUUUUACUUCUGCACAUCCUCUUCGAAGAUGAGGAUCACCAUUGUUCUGGAGGAUGCGAGACACUCAAUGGACGUUCAACCGGAAGAUAAAGUUCGUGAUCUUAAGGAUCAGAUAGAGAAAAACCUCCUUGUACAAACUAUUGAUGAUAAGAGGAUGGGGAAGUUUCUAGAAAUGAAAUUUGGAGGUGCUGCACUAAACGAUGAUUGGGUUGUCCAGGACCUCGGAUUAGUUUCUGGAUCUGUAUUAAAAUGCGCAACGAAGAUAGUAGAUAAACCAAAACUAAAUGUUUAUCUUGGCUAUAAUAAAGACACUCUGCACAUCAUGGACGAUAUAGAUCCUAUUAAAACAACAAUCGGUUCCAUACGCUCGUUGCUGUCAAGCACGCUUGGAAUUCCCGUAUCUGCAUUCAAUCUUUCGGUCAACUCACGGAACAAAAAAACUAACAACAAGAUGUCGAAACGGGAAUUAUUCGACAGAAACACGAUGGAUUACUAUGGACUAGAGAUAGGUUCAACUAUAAUACUUGAUCUAUGGGAUGGUUGGAACGAGCUUAUACUGGCAGCGAUAUCAGGUCACGAGAAUGUGGUAUCUCAGUAUUUAUCGUGGGACCGACCAGUUCGGAAUUUCCAACAAAGAACUGCCCUAUACAUAGCGUCACACCGUGGUUACAUGGGGUUAGCGACUGCGAUGAUGAAGAGAGGGGCUAAGGCGCAUGAGCCGGUAGGGACUUACCCUGGUAGGAAAUGGUGUCUGGAGAGUGAGCAUGCUGAAACUAAGAAGUGUCCUGUACAUGUGGCGAGCGAGAAGGGCCAUCUACCUUUACUUCGACUCUUCAUUAAAAUCAACCCUCUCUGUUUCGUGGUUAUCGACCAUGAGGAUCGCACCCCAAUACAGAUUGUUCUUCGGAAGAGACAUCGAGAGUGUUUCGAAUAUUUGAUUGUUCGGCAAUGGGGAAGGAAGACUGGGAAAGAUAUUUCGUUACCUGUUAUUGUGUAUUGCCGAUUGUUGCAAUGGUGUGAGAGGGCAAGAGCACGGAACUUACUUAUGAACGGAGUCAACACUUCAACAUAUAAAGGGAAACCAGCGAAGAGCGGGGCAUUGGUUGGUAGCGAAGUAUUAGUAGACGGAUUCUCCAACAAACCAGCAAACUCAAUCCCGUUUUCCGAGAUCCCGAAACCAGCGAUAUCUCCAGAAAAACUUCUCCCGGCAUUGAGUUUAGCAAAGCGGAGGUUAAGGGCAAUAAGGCAAAGACGAUCUUCUACUCGAUCCAUUCGUAUCUCGUCUUCUGUGUCAAGCUGUAACGGCUCUCGGAAGCAGGAUGUGACGUCAACAUCGUUGUCAAGAGCAACGAGCGUGAGCUCAAUUAAAGGCGGCCACGAGAGAGAGCUGAUGAGCAGUGGGAAUUUGCGGCGAAGGGGAACUGGGUUAAAAUCCUGCAUCAGCAAAAAAUGUGUUUCUUCAGAAUCUGCAGCCAAUGCGGACAACGAUUCGAACACAGAUUCCAUUUUCCGCAAACUUCCCGCAAUUUCUAGAGGAGAAGGCGAUCGCUUAUUUCAUCAUAGAGACUCCAGAAUAACAUUUAAAACUUCCGGAAUCGAUGGACAAAGAAACUCUACAGUUUCUGGAGGAUCUGUAGAUAGUUUAUUGACUUCGCAGUCUGAUUUCAACCGAAAACUACCUUUACCUGCUGUAAAGAAAAAGUUGCCAACAUUGAGAGAGAAUACUAACCAAGAUCGUGGAGAUCAACGGAUUCCUUUGCCACCUAAAAGCCUCGAAUGUCGUUUAAGGCCUUUCUUUUACUGGUCGCCGUACGAAGGGGUAUCCAAUCCAGUUGCAGAUACUCUGAACCGUUACGAAAGUUACAGAGGCGCUCCAGCGCGCCAACAUGCGGUCGAAUGUGUUGCGGUAACAAGUGCUUUCACUGAACGGCCGUGGUUGCAACAGAUUCGUAUGGCUGUGCGUCUGACACGACGAGAAGUAAAAAAGAACAUAUCUACUAAAGCAAUAAGUCCUAUAUCUGUGUCUGUGAAAUAGCUGGUGUGGCCUCAAGUAAUCUAUCAAAUAACUCUUCAAUGCACCAUUAACCUGCACUUUUUACAUGCACUUAGUAUUGUUCAGAUAAAUUAACGUACGAUAAUUAAAUAAAAGAAUGUAACUUGCUUUAUCCUCCCGUGUCCGGAAAGCGGCAGUCGGUAUAACACGAGUUUUUCGUUUCAUACACCUUGUGCCUACUUACAAGUUAACACGUAUAUAUGUAACUUUGUUGGUAAUUGUUGUUUUUAUUCGUUUCUCAUUGUAUGGCUCGCAUUUUAGAGAUACAUACGCCCGCGAUGGUAGCAGCCACGAUGAGUCUUAAGUCCAGUUAAAUGAUGCGCAAAAACUUAUGGUGCAACGGCAAUUAGCGUUACUUUAUUCUACAACCUAUAAUCUACGCUAGCAAAGCAGUUCUUCCAAACUGGACUUGCUCUCUUCCAGCUUAACACACGAGCCCAAUAAGGAAAAUGGUAAGAAGUCUUCUAUCUAUCAUCUAUAGUUGUUUAUCAACUUGUGAAGUUCCAGCAGGACACAAACCUU